AUGGCUGUCGGUGCGUUCCUGGAGCCAUUCGUGGUCGUGUCGCUUCUCUUUGGCGGUGCCUGGUUCAACAGGAACAAAGAUUAUGACUUUUGGAAGGGGACACAAGGCUGGGCUGGCGGCAGUACCAGUCACAAACGACGAGAUGACUUUGGAAAGAGGCGAACAUCGACAGAUAGCGGCAGCCCUACUUGGAGCUCUGGGUCGUCGUCGCCCACCCUCUCAUCUGAGGACGAGUCGCCUUGGUCUCUCACAUCCCGGCGGCGAAACAUUCGAUUUUUCGGAUUCAAGAAGACUGUUACAACCCCGAACACUCUCGUCUUCAAGGAUCGACUUCUGAGUCGAGUACUCCAAAAGUUUCCCUUCCUUGUUGAAGCGUGGUAUUGGGCUCUCAUCUAUUGGGUAUACCAACUGGGCCGAGCGUUUACUGCGGUCACCAUUGUCGAGGGAACUGUCCAUGUCGCGCGAAAGCAUGCCCUUAAGCUGGUUCAUCUAGAACAACGCCUCGGUAUCUUCUGGGAAGUGGCCUUUCAACAAUGGUUUUUGGAGCGCCCUGUCCUGCUGCAUUGGAUAAACAGAGUCUACUCCUUUAUUCAUAUUCCUGGCACAAUCUUCUUCCUGGUAGCAUUGUUCUACCUCACUACCUCUCAAAAGCCUAGGCGUCGAACAAUGGCCAUGUGCAACCUCAUUGCAUUUGUCGUCUUCACUUUGUGGCCUUGCAUGCCACCUCGGCUGUUGAGCGAUCCUAACUAUAACGGACCUGACGCUGCGGAGGCGAAGAGCUUCGGAUUUGUCGACAGCGUUCACAGCAACGCGGGCGAGAGCAGCGUUUGGACAACGAACCGAUUCUGCAAUCAAUAUGCUGCCAUGCCCUCUUUGCACUUUGGCUACUCUCUCCUUGUUGGCUUGACAGUUGCCACUCUCCCCGUCAAUGGAGUUCGACCCAACUCCUGGAAGCGCGUGGCCAUCGGUGUUCUGGGCCUAUCUUACCCAGCACUCAUCUUCACGGCCAUUGUUGCAACCGCCAACCACUUUAUCUUGGACGCUGUUGCCGGAGCGAUGGUUUGCGGCAUUGCUUGGAACGCAAACGGCCUUUUGUUGAACCUGUGUGUUCUCGAGGACUAUUUCCUGUGGGUUGUGCGGAUUCACAAGCCUGUCAACUACACCGAUCCUGAGACUGCGGUCGAGCCGGAAUAUCACUCGAUGCUCCUAUCAGAAGACGUAUAG